UUCCACUCAUGGAAUGCCCUUUGUGACAAGUAGUCUCUCAAUACUCUGUGCACCCUGAUCUGGUCUGAUUUCACCCUGUAUAUAGGAUUUCCCAUUCCCAAACCUGACCUGAUCGCACAGCUGGAACGAGGGGAAGAGCCGUGGGUGCCCGAUCUCCAGGUCGGCAAGGAAACAGGGGUCCUGAGAUGCACCUGCACAGGUGCUGAGAGAGUCGGUGAGAAGGAGGAGUGGAAUCAUCAUGAGGAAGCUCCUGAGGAAGUGGAACCAGAGUGCACAUUUAUGGGAAGAGCUGAAGGGAAUUUUUCCCAGUGCUGGGAAGAGGGAGAAGCCUGGGGAAAUUGGCACGGGUCAGAGAGGCUGAUGGGAAACCACUCAGGGAAGGAAGUGGAUGAAUCUAUUAACUGUGGGGGCGGAGACAAGGAUCCCACAGCUCAGUGGACAAAUCCCAAGGAAGAGAAACCCUACCACUGUCUACAGUGUAGGAAAGGAUUCACUGUGAGACCACAGCUUGUUACAAAUCAGACAAUCCAUGCGGGAGAGAACCCCCUUCAAUGCUUGGUCCCUGGGAAAAUCUUGAAUAUCUGCUCAGACGUUAACCAUAGGAAAAGCCACAUAGGAGAGAAAUCCUAUCAAUGCCUCGAGGGUGGGAACUGUUUGAAUUCAGCACUAAUUACACAUCAGAUAAACCAUACAGGAGAGAGAGCCUACAAGUGCGUAGAUUGUGGGGAAAGUUACACACAGCGAUCAGACCUUGUUAAACAUCAGGCAAUCCACAUAGGAAACAGACCCCACAAGUGUUUGGAUUGUGGGAAAAGUUUCAGAAACACAUCAGAUCUUGUUAGACAUCAGGCAAUCCACACAGGAGAGAGACCCCAUAAGUGCUUAGACUGUGGAAAGAGUUUCACACAGCGAUCAUAUCUUGUAACACAUCAGAGGAUCCACACAGGAGAGAGACCCCAUAAGUGCUUAGAUUGUGGGAAAAGUUUCAUAUGGAGGUCAGAACUUGUUAAACAUCAGAGAAGCCACACAGGAGAGAAACCCCAUAAAUGCUUAGACUGUGGGAAAAGUUACACACGGCGGUCAGGCCUUGUUUCACAUCAGGCAACCCACACAGGAGAGAGACCCCAUAAGUGCUUAGACUGUGGAAAAAGCUUUAUACGGAGGUCAGUCCUUGUUAGACAUCAGGCAAUCCACAGAGGAGAGAAAUCCCAUGAAGGUGUGGACUAUGGGAAAGGUUUCAUACAUAGGUCAAACCUUGUUAAAAAUCAGGCAAUCCACAUAGGAGACAGACCCCACAAGUGCUUGGACUGUGGGAAAACUUUCAGAAACACAUUAGACCUUGUUAAACAUCAGUCAUUCCACACAGGAGGGAGACCCCAUAAGUGCUUAGACUGUGGGAAAAGUUACAUACGAAAUUCAGAGCUUGUUAGACAUCAGAGAACCCACACUGGAGAGAGACCCCAUAAGUGCUUAGAUUGUGGAAAGAGUUUCACGCAGCGAUCAUAUCUUGUAACACAUCAGAGGAUCCACACAGGAGAGAGACCCCAUAAGUGCUUAGACUGUGGGAAAAGUUUCAUAUGGAGGUCAGACCUUGUUAAACAUCAGGCCAUCCACACAGGAGAGAGACCCCAUAAGUGCUUAGACUGUGGGAAAAGUUACACACGGCGUUCAGACCUUGUUAGGCAUCAGGUAUUCCACACAGGAGAGAGACCCCAUAAGUGCUUAGAAUGUGGAAAAAGCUUCGUACGGAGGUCAAUCCUUGUUAGACAUCAGGCAAACCACACAGGAGAGAAAUCCCAUAAGUGCUUAGAUUGUGGGAAAAGUUUCAUAUCAAGGUCAGAACUU